GGAAAAGGGUGGAUGAAUGGGGUUCUCGGGGGGAAGGAAGGGACAGAGCAUUUGUUAACAAAGCCAUUGAAUGACCCGAGCGCUCGGCUCCUUUUUCUUCCCCUCCUGCACCUGCCUCUCUCCUCUGCAACCCUUCUUCUGCGCCUCCUCUUGCACCUUCUCCUCCCUUCUCGGUUCGAGCAUCUCCCACCCUUGGCCUGGGCGUUCAGGUACGACUAAGCGAGGGUAGAAUUUCACCUUUAGGUGGAAAUGGUGGGAAAGGUUGAGAAGGAAAACUCCAUGGAAGCGCUGAAGGCAAGUUUGAGGCAGGAGAGUUCGCAUUCGGGACAGCAGCAGCAGUUGUCGGCCGAGGAGACAAGUUGGGUUGGGGAAAGGUGGAGCUUUUCCGGCGAGGGGUUCUCCGUUGAUGAUCUUCUGAACCUAGGUGAGUUCGCGGAGAACGAGGCGGAAGAACCGGCGGUGGACGACGCAGGAAGGGAAUUGGAAACCGAAGCUGAAGCGAGGGGAAAGGAAACCGAGAAAGCCGGCACGGAUUCCUCGCCUUCUUCCUCGGCGUCGGGUCUCACCGUCGAGCUCCAGGCGCCGUUACCGCCGCCGCUUUCGGACAUAUGUCUCCCUGGUCGUGAUGCUGUUGAAGAACUUGAAUGGAUGUCCAUGAUCAUGGACGACUCCAUCUCGGAGAUUCCGCCGCCUUGCUCCUGUGCUCCACCGCUUAUUUUGCCGCUGGGAGAGGGCCAAAAGGAAAACCGCCAAGCCGGCGUCUUUGUGUCACAGCGACAAAACUCCCGUCCCUCUUUUGGACCCACCGUCUGUGCCCUCUCCACUGAGGCCAUCGUCCCGGUAAAGGCCAAGCGGAGCAAUCGCUCCCGUGGUGUCACCGCCGCCUGGUCCAUGUCCGGCCCGCUCCCCUUCGCUGACUCGUCCUCCUCCGCCUCCUCUGCCUCCUCGUGCUCCUCGACGUCCUCCUCUCCACCCUGCCUCAUAUACGACCCCUCCGCCGGCGCCGAUGAGGAAAGUUUCCUCCUUUAUAAUAUCCCAUCUCCGCCGCCACUGCCACCGCCGCUGAUCAAGAAGCACAAGCCGAAGAAGCGCGGCCGGAAGCCCAAAUUCCUGCCCACCGCCUCUGGCCCCUCCGGCGAGCGGCGGUGCAGUCACUGCGGUGUCCAAAAAACGCCCCAGUGGCGCGCCGGCCCGCUCGGCGCCAAGACGCUCUGCAACGCCUGCGGCGUCCGGUUCAAGUCCGGCCGCCUCCUCCCGGAGUACCGCCCCGCCUGCAGCCCCACCUUCGUCAGCCACAUCCACUCCAACAGCCACCGCAAAGUCCUCGAGAUGCGCCGCAAGAAGGAGACCGAGGUCCUCACCGCCGCUCCUCCCGUUGCUUCCUUUUGAGCCCGGCAAUCCCUCUCCAGUCCACUCGCCGAUGGUGCAUGUCUAACCUCCGUUUUGGCAGCGGUGUCUCUAUAGCGGAUUGGAUUUUGCGGCUUUUUAGGUAGCGUUUUUUUAGGUGCUCUGUCUCUUGUAGCUUGGCUCUUCUUCUUCUCUUCCCCCUCUUUAGUUUAGGCCAUAAUUAAGGGAAACUUUCCAUUAUUUUCGUGUGAGCUUUUACUGAAACAUAUAGCGAGCAGCGAGAAAGAUCCUUAGGAAGAAGAAGCUGCACUGUGAGUUAGAUUUUUAGCAGAAAUAGUUCUUGUGCCUUCAUCAUCACUUGUAAUAUUUUCCAACCUUAUACUUAGUCAGGAACAGGCAAUCAGGAAUCUCGUGAUGGACUGCAUUUUUCUUUCAAA